AUGGAGGGAGCAGCUGGGGCUCUCCCACUCCAGGCUGCCAGGGAACCCGUCCGUCACCGAGCCGGGCAGCGGCACCCACCCUGGCCAAGGGAGCACCCAGAGAGCAGCUCUGCUUUAUGGAGGCCCUGGAUGCUCACAGGAAGAGAUGGUGAGAUGACAGAGAAUCAACGAAUGUCAGAACUGGAUGGUCAGCUAAUAAAUUUCAGAUCAAAAGGAGCCUUGGGGUUUCAACACCCUGUGAGACUUUAUUUGCCCAAGUCCAAAUCCCAAAAGUUUCUUAAUAACAUCGGAGAGAAGGUUCUGACCAGUUUUCCAGUACAAGCUACAAUUCACUUCUACAACGAUGAUGCCGACUCUGAGGAAGAUGAAGAAGAAAUCAGUUCAGCCUAA